AUGAGCGUUGAACAUCAUCCGCAACAGCAUCACCAAGCCCAACUACAACAACAACAGCAGCAAAUGCAGCAAAUGCAGCAAAUGCAACAAAUGCAACAACAGCAACAACAGCAACAACCAGAAACACCCCAAAGACAAGUGUCUUUCAACGUGUCUGACCAUUACCAAAUCUUGGAAAUCGUUGGUGAAGGUGCCUAUGGUAUAGUAUGUUCAGCCAUUCACAAGCCAUCGCAACAAAAAGUUGCCAUAAAGAAAAUCGAACCAUUUGAACGAUCAAUGUUGUGUUUACGAACAUUGCGGGAAUUAAAACUCUUGAAACAUUUCAAUCAUGAAAAUAUAAUUUCGAUACUUGCCAUACAACGACCAUAUGAUUAUGCCCAUUUUAAUGAGAUUUAUCUCAUUCAAGAAUUGAUGGAAACUGACUUACAUCGCGUAAUACGCACGCAAACUUUAACUGAUGACCAUAUACAAUACUUUACCUAUCAAACAUUACGAGCCCUAAAAGCCAUGCAUUCAGCUAAUGUCUUGCAUCGAGAUUUGAAACCGCUGAAUUUAUUGCUUAAUUCCAAUUGUGACUUGAAGAUUUGUGAUUUCGGUCUUGCUAGAAGCAUUGCGUCGCUGGAGGAUAAUUUCGGAUUCAUGACGGAAUACGUUGCUACUCGAUGGUAUAGAGCACCCGAGAUUAUGUUGACUUUCCAAGAAUACACCACGGCGAUUGAUGUAUGGUCAGUAGGAUGUAUCUUGGCCGAAAUGUUGAGUGGUAGGCCCUUGUUCCCUGGAAGAGACUAUCAUAAUCAAUUGUGGUUAAUUAUGGAAGUCUUGGGUACGCCCAAUAUGGAAGAUUAUUACAAUAUCAAAUCGAAACGAGCCCGUGAAUAUAUCCGAUCAUUGCCAUUUUGUAAAAAGAUUCCCUUUGCUGAGUUGUUUAAAAAUGUCAAUUCACAAAUUAAUCCACUAGCGUUGGAUUUAUUGGAAAAAUUGCUUAUUUUCAAUCCUGCUAAACGAAUUACCAUGGAGGAUGCAUUGAAACAUCCGUAUUUACAAUUGUAUCAUGAUCCAAAUGAUGAGCCUGUUAGUGAAAAAAUCCCCGAGGAUUUCUUUGAUUUUGAUAAAAAGAAGGAUGAGUUGAGUGUUGAAGAGUUGAAGCGGAUGUUGUAUGAUGAAAUCAUGAAACCUUUGUAA